UCAGGAUGGAGCUUGCCAGGACGCAUUACUAGGGCGACGGCCGGACGCCACCUUCCCGGGAUGAAUUAGCGGCGGGUUCUGCCUUGAGGCGGAGACCCCUUAAGGGUCCCUUAGUGGUUUUCGCGUGCCCUGCAGCGACCCGGCCCAAGCGGGUCACAGCUGGGCAUCAAGGCCUGAAGGAUGUUACGUGAAGCCACUAAGGUGAAAGAGAACGAGAACGUGCGAUGUCACAGCAUGUAGAUGAAAACCAUGGUGUCAUGGAAAGGGCUUUACUUUAUAUUCACAUUGUUUUUCGGGAGCUUUUUUGGAAGCAUUUUCAUGCUGGGCCCUCUUCUACCUUUGAUGUUUGUGAGUCCAUCAUGGUAUCGCUGGCUCAAUGACCGCAUGGUGGCAACCUGGCUCACACUUCCUGUGGCAAUGCUAGAGACCAUGUUUGGUGUAAAAGUGAUUAUAACAGGUGAUGCCUUUGUUCCUGGAGAAAGAAGUGUCAUUAUCAUGAACCAUCGGACAAGAAUGGACUGGCUGUUCCUGUGGAAUUGUCUGAUGAGAUACAGCUACCUCAGAUUGGAGAAGAUUUGCCUCAAAGCCAGUCUCAAAAUUGUCCCUGGAUUUGGCUGGGCCAUGCAGGCUGCUGCCUACAUCUUCAUUCACAGGAAGUGGAAGGAUGACAAGAGCCACUUUGAAGACAUGAUCGACUAUUUUUGUGAUAUCCACGAACCUCUUCAGCUCCUCAUAUUCCCGGAAGGGACUGAUCUCACAGAAAACAGCAAGGCUCGAAGUAAUGAAUUUGCUGAAAAAAAUUCCCUUAAGAAAUAUGAGUAUGUCUUACAUCCGAGAACAACAGGCUUCACUUUUGUAGUGGAUCGUCUAAGAGAAGCUGAGAACCUGGACGCAGUGCACGACAUCACAGUGGCCUACCCACACAACAUCCCACAGACGGAGAAGCACCUGCUGCGGGGGGACUUCCCACAGGAGAUCCACUUCCACGUACACCGCUACCCCGUGCAGGCCCUGCCCCAGGGCAGGGAGGAGCUGGCACUGUGGUGCCAGCAGCGCUGGGAGGAGAAGGAGGCGCGGCUACAGGCCUUCUACCAGGGCGACAGGAACUUCCGCUUCACUGGCCAGAGCUUGGUCCCACCCUGCAAGUCAGAGCUCAGGGUGCUGGUUGUUAAGCUGCUCUCCCUCGUCUACUGGAGCCUGUUCAGCCCGGCCAUGUGCCUGCUCAUCUACUCUUACAGCUUGGUCCGCUGGUACUUCAUCCUCGCCAUCCUCGUCUUCGUGCUGCAGGAGAGAAUCUUCGGCGGCCUGGAGCUCCUUGAGCUGGCCUGCUACCGCCGGUGGCACAGGCCACCGCACGCAAAAGCCAGGAAGAGUGAGUAGGCUCUCCGGCCCCACCCUGAGCGCCAUGGCCCGGCCUGGGGCGCAGCCAAGCCCGUGGGGACCGGGUGCAACUGUUGCAUGACUAUGGCAAAUCUUUCUUACUGCCAUCCUUAUUUGUUAAAGAUAUUUUGCACUUAGUUUUGUGGGGAAAUAUUGCUGCACACACACAAUUUUUUAAUCUCUGAAUGUAAAUCCAAUACUGUGUAGCUGGGAGAGAUCGCAGUGGAACUACCCAACGGUCCCAGGUAGUCAGCAGGCCAGGCGCACACACAGGACGCAUGAAGGAGUCCGGACUGUUUCCAGACAGAUGGCCCCAGGUCAGAGAUGGCCCAGGGCCAGAGCCAUGUGCAGGGCUGGGGCCCCUCCCACAUGGCCCAGUGAGUGUCCCCGCACCCUUCUCUCCAUGGAGUCCUUCUUUAAGUCCCGAAGAUGGAAGCCCUUUCUCCUUCUGCUAGAAGCAUUCCAUUCUCUGAAAAAUCUUGGUGUUUAUCCCCACGCUGAGCAGUCAUAGGAGAUCACCGUGACCCUUCCUCACCGGGAAGCCAGGCCCCAUGUGUCUGGUGCCACUGAAGGCUCUGCGCUCUGACACCUCAGCCAAAGAGAAAGCUCUGCACUUGCCCUUGGUCUUGAAUCCGGGGCACUGGCUCCUUAGCAUCUUGCCAUCAGGUGCAGUCCCAGAACUGGAAAUGCCCGGUUACCUAGUGGGUACGGGCAAGGCUAGGAGAGCAUCCUGCCUGCACCGGGCUCUGCUGACCUUGUGUCUCUCCAGAUGCUUCUUUCAAAUCUGCCAGGAAGAGGGGAGGCUCUGAGGUUGGCCAUGUGUGUCCUCCAAGUUGAGCCUGUCCCACCACACUGGGGGAGGCUUUGGUGCUGUGGUCUCUCUCCCCUCCUCCCUCCCUCCCUCCUUCUUCCUCUUUACUUCUCCUCCUUCUUCUCUUCUCUUGCCUGGAAAAGUUGGUCAGAAGCCGUGAAGCCCCAACUACAAUAGCAACAAUAGAAAUUAAAAAAAAAAAAAAAAGCAGCCCCUCAUUCUUGGCUCUGGUUUCCUGUUUGCCGUAAGACUCCUUUGGCUAUUGCAGUUAUUUGUGUUUCCCUACACAUUUUUCUUCCCGUGGAAGGAAAAAAUCACAGAGACAGUUUGUGAUCUGAAACAAGCGGAAGACCAGAAUGCAGGGUGGAAGCCAUCCCCACCUGCCCACCAGGGAGCCAGCCUGCCGCCUGUCCCAUCCACACACUCACUGCUCGCUCCCCACUCAGCCCGAGGCCUCGGACAGAUGGCAGAGUCACUGAUCACAGCAAUGCAGUUUGUCCACCCACUAGAAACUCCCUCAAGAGCACAGGCUCAACAGGACCAUUGACACGUAAGCCCUCACCUAUAGGAACAGCGCCUUCUGCCCCCCCUCAGCUCCCGCUCUGCCCCCCAAAGCCACUGUCACAGCCAGCACGAGAACACAGAAGACAGAGGGAGAGUCACAGGAGGCCACCAUCAAAGUGUCCCACGUGGCCCUUCCCUGUCACUUCUCGUGAGUGGCUCUGAGAUGUGUUCCCUGCACAGAACCUCGCAGUGUGAAGGCAGGGGAGGCCCAGCCAAGAUAUGACUCCCAGCCACAGCCACCAGGCCUCCCACUCACAUGCUGAGACUCAGCCUGGGAGCCUGGUGGCGGCCAGCUGUUUACAUUUCUUUCUAUGAACAACGUGCUUUCAGUGCCUUAGCUAGGGUCCCGUCCUCCCCCUCGGCCCAAGGAUUCUGCAGUGUCCUGGGGAUGCGACUCCUUUUGCUCCUCACGGAGACGGACAUGGAUUUUGGAAAUACUGUUCCUGAGGUAGCCAGGACCUUGUGACAUGGGAGAGGGGGCUGGCCACAGAGGGGCGCUGAGUCACAGCAAAAGGCCCCGCCCGCCACAGCCUGCACCUGCACGUCAGACCAGACCUGGCCUCGGAGUCACCGACCCCUCCCUCCUGUGUUUAUUUAAAAAAAGAGAUUCUUGGCCUGGGUCAUUUAUUUUGUAAAAGAUCAUUAUGUGUAAAAUACCAACUUAAAAACAACUCACGGAACGGCCUUAGUUCUUGAUGUCCACUGGUAUGUCUUGUGGGUUGUGUUACCUGUAAUAUACACCCCAGAAUAAAGCAAAGUGAAUGAA